AUGGCCUGCGCUCACGUACACGGCAUCUACCCUUAUUUCUACAUAGAGUACAAGCAUAGCGUCACCCCUGAAAAAGUGCGCGACUAUGUUCACCAAUUAGGCUUGUCUAUCAAUCAGUCUCUCGCUUUUAGCCUGCGGAGAAACAUGAGUGACAAGCUGUCUACCACACAAUUCGUCCGUGCUAUUGUUAUUUGCAAAGGUACCCCUUUUUAUGGCUACAAUGUCGGAACACGUCCGUUUCUAAAGAUAAUGAUGAAUGAUCCCAAGCAUAUUCCCAGACUGGUGCAGUUGAUGGAGUCCGGUCAGCUAAUGAAUUCCACUUUUCAGCCUUUUGAAUCACAUUCUCCUUAUCUGCUUCAGUUCUUUACCGAUUUCAACCUCUACGGAUGCGAUUGGCUUGAGUUAUCCCAAGCUAAGUACAGGUACCCUUUACCAGAGCCUACCGUGUAUGACUGGCAUAGCGAUCAAGUUGUAGCAGAGAAUGUUAUCAAUGCAUCAACAAUAGACGAGAAAGACACACACAACAUUCCAAGAGACACCAAUUGCGUGCUUGAGUUUGACGUUCGUGCUUCCUGGAUUGAAAAUAGGUAUAGGAUAGCACCACGUUACAUACACAACGCUCCUUACGAAGAGCUGGUUCCUGACGAAAAGCUUCUACCUUCUCUUAGAGAAUUAUGGUUAAACGAAGAGAAAAGACGUGAAGCCAAGGGUUUACCAUCAUCAAUCCAGAUUCAGGGGAGUGUUAAAGGAGGUCGCAAUGAUUCUGCCACUUUUCCUUUGUGGGACAAUCUAGACGAUAUCUUAGACUCAUUUUUUGAUAGGAUUUCAGAUACCAAUAACGGCGCAGAUUUUGCGCCACCUUUUACUGAGGAGCACCACUUGAUGACUGUGUUCGAGAGUACUGAGGCUCUCUUCCAUCCUUCAGAACGACGAAAGGAGCUCCGGAAUGAGGAUAGCAGUCAGUACUUAGAUAUUUCAUCAUCUCAACCCAACAAGGAUAUAGAGCCGAUCGUCAGUCAACAGCUGGCUACUCAAAAGUCAAACGUAAUGAAUAUGGAUAUCGACAACAACCCAUUUGAUAGCUUUGCUCAAAAUACUGGUCUUCAUGAAUUUCCAGGGAGGGCUUUGAGCGGCCGAGAAAGCACAAUGCUAAGCGAUAGUAAAGGAUCAAUGAAGCAGCUUUCACUAAUGGACUCAAUGUAUAAAUCUUCAGAGACACCAUUGAAACGUGAACCAACUCUGGAAGUCGUUCCAGAUAGCCAGGAGAGCGAACAGCCACAGAGAAAAAGAAGUCGAUCAAACAGCAGCGAUUUGCUCGCCUCACAAGAAUAUGAGGAGAUUCUAGCCAACCUAUCUCAGCGCCAAGUUACACCAGGUCUUACAAUCGGUAUGAUUCACACAAAGAUCGAAGAGGCAACACCGCGAAAGCUGCUAAGCUCAUCGCAGAAUAGUGUAACUACACCGCGAAAGUCACAAGCACCACGAAUAAACCAGGAUAAGAGUAUUUACAAAUACAGCAUUCCACCACCUACCAUCGAAGAAGCUUUGCAGUCCCUAAAAGAACAGAGAGCCCCAACGAAGAUUUAUCGCGAUCCUUACUAUUCUAAUGCAUCAGACGUUCCUGAAAGACCCCGAGAAUACGCAGGAAGGGUGUUUGUACUGAAAGGCGACGUCAUACCAAGCUGGGAUGGGAGCUGCGAUACUUACUCGACGAGAGGAGCUAGAUAUUUUGAGUAUGCCCCAUUGCCUCCCUCAAAGCGCAGCGUGGUAGCUGAUUACAAAAGCAAGAAAGCCAGUUCUCAGAAGGUUUUUCAUACUCAGAUUGAAGGACCGCCUUCGGGACAAGUUUACGGUUUAGAUGCAUCGACGGCCAGUGGAGGAAAAAAGUAUGAGCCGCGAGAGCACGACGUUCAAACCCAACUUACGAUGAUGGUUGUCGAGGUUUUCGCGAGGAGCAACAACACGAAAGUGUCUAAUCCUGAGUAUAAUCCAGUCGAGGCUGUUUUUUUUUCCUACCACGACAUGAAUGAGGAUGUAGAAAGGGGUAUGAUAGUCGUUGAAGGCGAAACCAAAUACAAAUUAGACGGAUACGAUAUGGAAAUUGCUAUCAACGAAGCGGAUUUAAUAUUCACCCUUAUAGAUAAAGUGCAGCAUUUUGAUCCUGAUAUCCUCGCAGGCUGGGAUACGGAGCUGGGGUCGUGGGGAUACCUAGUCGAGCGGACACGCAUAGAAAUUGGAUUAGAAUUGAGUGAGGAGACGUCUAGAAUCAAAUCUAGGACGAUGCGGAAUAUUAAUGGGGGUGAACGAUGGGCUGAGAUGAAAACCAGUACCUUCACCUCACCAGGUAGACAUGUUUUUAACGUCUGGAGACUGGCGCGCUCUGAAUUGAGUUUGCCACAGACGACAUUCGAGCACGUUACUCAUAGUCUAUUAAAGCGAAGAGUCCCAAAGUAUGAACCAGUAACUCUGAGCCAGUGGUGGGUUUCUGGAAAUGCAUCUUCCUUCGCUAGAGUACUAGAUGUCUUUACAUCAAGGGUCAAAUUAAUUGGUGAUAUACUCGACUCAAUGGAGAUAAUUACAAAAACAGCUGAAUUUGCUCGCACGAUCGGUGUAGAUUUCUAUAGUGUCAUAUCGCGUGGCUCGCAAUUCAAAGUCGAAGCAUUAAUGUUCCGGAUCGCUAAGCCCGAAAACUACGUGUUGAUUUCGCCGUCCAGAAACCAAGUGGGCAGUCAACAAGCUGCUGAAGCUUUGCCCUUGGUCAUGGAACCCCAGUCUGCGUUCUACAAAGAUCCUGUCAUAGUGCUUGACUUUCAGUCUUUAUAUCCUUCCAUUAUUCUUGCGUACAAUUACUGCUAUUCAACUUGCCUGGGACGUGUGAAACCUUAUGACAGCAAGUAUAAAUUUGGGAUCAUCGAUCAUGCUGAGUCAUCAAAAAUACUCGAUGCCCUCAAAAAUGAUAUAAAUUUCGCACCUAAUGGGCUGAUGUAUGUCAAGCCACACGUGCGCAAGUCACUUCUAUCAAAAAUGCUGGCGGAACUGUUGGAUACGCGCAUCAUGAUCAAAGAAUCUAUGCAAGAGAACAGAGAUGACAAGUAUCUCAAGAAAUUGCAACAUGCCAGGCAGCUCUCUCUUAAGCUCAUGGCAAAUGUCACAUACGGAUAUACGUCGGCCAGUUAUAGUGGUCGAAUGCCAAGUGUAGAGCUAGCUGAUUCGAUUGUCCAAACUGGGAGGGAGACAUUAGAAAGGGCUAUUCAAUUUAUUGAAAGAAAUGAGGAAUGGGGUGCUGAUGUCGUCUAUGGCGACACUGAUUCACUCUUUGUCAGACUCAAAGGUAAAUCUCAGAAAGAGGCAUUCGAAACUGGCGCAGCUAUUGCUGAGGCUGUCACAAAGUCUAAUCCACGACCUAUAAAGUUAAAGUUAGAGAAGAUGUAUUUGCCGUCAGUCCUAUUAGCAAAGAAGCGGUACACUGGGAACAUGUUUGAGCGAUCGUCAGAUACAGUGGGCGUAUUUGAAGCCAAAGGUAUCGAGACUGUUCGUCGAGAUGGCGUACCUGCUCAGGCAAAGAUGGUGGAAGCAGCUUUAAAAGUAUUAUAUAAAACAUCAGACCUAUCACAAGUAAAGGAAUACUGCGUGAGACAAUUCAACAAGGUCAUCCAAGGCCGAGUCUCUAUUCAGGACUUUACAUUUGCCAAGGAAGUAAGACUAGGGACAUACUCCAACAAUGUCGUUCCAAUACCUGGAGUAAUGGUAGCAACGAAAGCGCUGACGGAUGAUCCACGAGCAGCAGCUCAUUACGGUGAAAGAGUACCUUAUGUAAUCACUGAAGGCAGCUCUGAUCGACAAGUAGACAGAGCAGUAAAACCCGAGGAAAUACUUAGAAAUGGCAAUUUGCGAAUAGAUGCGAAGUACUACAUAGAGAGAGUGCUCAUUCCACCAUUAGAGAGGAUAUUUAACCUUAUGGGCGCUGAUGUACACUCAUGGUAUGCGACAAUGUCUAGAAAAUUCAAAGCGGAGGCUAGGAAACCAUUUACACAUACACGGAGAGGUGGUGUGAUUGGCAAUUACGUUCGAAGUGGAACGUGUGAAACAUGCGGUGAAGCCUCAAAAGAAGCAAUUUGUAGUAGUUGUAGAGCGGAUUCAAAUAUCAGUGAUACUGUAUACAAGCUGCUUAGUAGGAACUAUAGAACUCAAUCGAAGAUGAGAGAUUUUCAUACAAUUUGCGCAUCAUGCGCUCAUACGCUUCCCUCUCAAGACGUGCCUUGUGUCAAUCUUGAUUGCGGGCUGCUGUAUAAAAAAGCACAGAAUGAGAUUGAUACUGAGGAGUUAGACGGUUUAGAUCAAAUUUUGCAAGGGUUUGAUAAGAAGUUGUCGUGGUAA